AUGAAUUAUGGCCGAAAGGUACUGGAGGCUGAGAAGAAGCGCACGGAAGCAACCAGCAGUCAUGCACUGGAGGGCGACAAUGGAUACUUGAAGCACAAUCAAGCUUUUCCUCUUGCCCAUGGAAAUUAUACGGCCUCGCCAUGGCGCGGCAACUCCCGUGCUGGCGUGGGUGGUAGCGAUUCUUCCGAUGGGGAUUACGCCGACGCAAUUGAGAGGACCAACGACGGCGACAACCCCAGUGCUGUGGGGACGAGCAACAGACAGCGAGAACAGUGGCACCCCCCAAAUAGCGGCGGUAGUAGUUUUGCCUGGAGGCCACCGCGGACGCGGAGGUCGCCGACGUCGGGGAGCCUGCUAACUUCUCCCGUACCGAAGAGGGUUCGGCUGGAGCCAACCGCGCCUGCAACGGGUGGUGCAGGCGGAAGCCGGUCGCGGCCAAUGGACUCACCAGAGGCGCGUCGCGGUCUGGCGGAGGGGAGUGAGAAGCAGAGCCCCGUGGCAAGCGGCGGGCGGCGGCCGCAGCGUCGCGGUACGCCGCGCCGUGCCCCGGUAACUCGAAUGGGGGCACGUCCCCGUGCGCCUCACGUGUGGGGGGGAACCGUUACGCGGCUCCCGCAACUAUUUCAAGGCUGA